AUGAAGUAGCUAAAAUACUUAAUUUUAUAAAAAACUUAAAAUUAGCAAUUAAAGCCAAAGUUAGUUACUGUUUAUCUAAAAAUCUUGAGAAUACAAUAUGUUUAGAAAUAAUAUAUGAUACUACAAUAUACAUUGUUAGCAGAACAGAAAGUCAAAUCUCUGAAGAAAUUAGAAGUAAUAGCUCCAAAACUGGCAACUCAGGAGAUAAUGAAAUGAUACCAAUAGAACUUGAUAGAACUAAA